AUGGUCUACAGCUCUGAUAAUGUUCAACCAUCAUUCAGAGGUACAAUUGGAGUGAGUAGAAUUCACACUGUUAGAACAAGAGGAGGGAAUAAAAAGUAUCGUGCAUUAAGGCUUGACCAUGGAAAUUUUGCAUGGGCAUCUGAGCAUUGCACUCGCAAGACUAGAAUAAUUGAUACUGUUUAUAAUGCAAGUAACAAUGAAUUAGUGCGUACCAAAACAUUAGUUAAGAAUGCAAUUGUACUGAUUGAUGCUACUCCCUUCCGACAAUGGUAUGAAGCUCAUUAUGCACUUCCACUUGGAAGGAAGAAGGGAGCCAAAUUGACAGAGGCUGAAGAAGCAGUUCUAAAUAAGAAACGAAGUAAAAAGACUGAGAAGAAAUAUAAAGAACGUCAGAAAAUUGCUAAAGUUGAACCUGCUCUCGAAGAUCAGUUUAUGACUGGACGAAUGCUUGCCUGUAUCUCCUCAAGACCAGGUCAGUGUGGAAGAGCUGAUGGCUACAUCUUAGAAGGAAAGGAGUUAGAAUUUUAUCUUCGAAAAAUCAAAGCAAAGAAAGGAAAAUGAAAAUCUGAAUCUAAACAAUAAAGUUGAAUUAGAUGGAAA